GCAAUUGCAAAGAUGGUAUGUAGUAAAAAAAAUCUUGGGAGUCCCAAUCGAGUCGCAUAAAUUUCCUUUCCUCGCUCCGCCAUAGCCAUUACAGGUUCCGUGUAUGGAGUAACUUUCAAGAUACGCUGCUUAUAAAUCUCCAACUCUUCUUCUGCUCAUACUACUACUUCUUUCUUGCGUAAUCUUGGAAACCCACCAACCCCCACUUUCUCUCUCUUGCUGUUUCUUUGUGGAAUUGGUUCUGAUAUGAUUGGUUAUUCUAUUGUAAUUGGUACGGAAUUCAGAAGUGAAAAGGGAUCUUACAAAUGGCUCACGAAGUAUCACAGGGAGAGAACCAUGUAAUCGUGAAGCCUCCUCCCGAGCCUUCACCAUUGAGAAAAGCAAAAUUUUUCCAGGCAAACAUGAGAAUCUUGGUUACUGGUGGAGCUGGAUUCAUUGGGUCUCACUUGGUUGACAAGCUAAUGGAAAAUGACAAGAAUGAGGUAAUUGUUGUGGACAACUACUUUACUGGGUCAAAGGACAACCUAAAGCGAUGGAUUGGUCAUCCACGUUUUGAGCUUAUUCGGCACGAUGUGACGGAGCCAUUGUUGGUCGAAGUUGAUCAAAUCUACCAUCUUGCUUGUCCCGCUUCUCCAAUUUUCUACAAGUACAACCCUGUGAAGACAAUAAAGACAAAUGUAAUUGGGACACUAAACAUGUUGGGGCUCGCCAAGCGAGUAGGAGCAAGGAUUUUGCUGACAUCAACUUCAGAAGUUUAUGGUGAUCCGCUUGUGCACCCUCAGGAUGAAAGCUAUUGGGGAAAUGUUAACCCCAUAGGAGUUAGAAGCUGUUAUGACGAGGGAAAAAGAGUAGCUGAAACUUUGAUGUUUGAUUAUCAUAGGCAGCAUGGAAUUGAAAUAAGAAUCGCAAGGAUCUUCAACACUUAUGGACCGCGGAUGAAUAUUGACGAUGGCCGGGUAGUCAGUAAUUUCAUAGCUCAAGCAAUACGUGAUGAACCGUUGACAGUUCAGUUGCCUGGAACACAGACGAGAAGCUUUUGUUACGUCUCUGACAUGGUUGACGGUCUUAUUCGACUGAUGGAAGGAGAUCAGACUGGGCCAAUCAAUAUUGGCAAUCCAGGUGAAUUUACAAUGCUUGAGCUUGCUGAGACUGUGAAAGAGUUGAUAAACCCGGAAGUGAAAAUAAUAACUGUGGAGAACACUCCAGACGACCCUCGCCAAAGAAAGCCAGACAUAACAAAGGCAAAGGAGUUGCUGGGCUGGGAGCCAACAAUCAAGUUGCGGGAAGGCAUCCCCCUCAUGGAGGACGACUUCCGCCAGAGGCUUGGGAUAUCGAGGAAGAACUGAAUGACGGUAGUCGAUUAUGGCUCACCUCGACGUCAUUAGUCGAUAAUGGCUUGCUCCCUCUCUUAAGAUAGUAUACAUAUUUCGGCUUCUAUAUGCCCCCGGGCCCUCUACUUAUUUGUGAUGCCAGAGACUACACUACAGUUCCAUCAAGGAUUCAUAAUUCAUCUCCUUCUCCUCUUUCUUGCAGUUAUAUUCCUUAGCUAUCUUUAUUUUUUUUUUCUCCAUUUGUGAUGAUUCAUAAAUUCAAAUAAAAUUCAUAUGAUUAUUGUAA